CCUGGAGUAGGCCGCGGCGCCGCCCGUGCUCGCUCCGCUGCCUGCUGCCGCCGCCGGUGCCUCAGGCCCCGCUCGGGACGCUGCUGAGCCCUGCCGCCGCCCCUCGCCCGCCGCCACCAUGAUGAUGAUGGCGCUGAGCAAGACCUUCGGGCAAAAGCCCGUCAAGUUCCAGCUGGAGGAGGACGGCGAGUUCUAUAUGAUCGGCUCCGAGGUGGGGAACUACCUGCGUAUGUUUCGGGGCUCCCUGUACAAGAGAUACCCCUCGCUCUGGAGACGGCUGGCCACCGUGGAGGAAAGGAAGAAGAUAGUGGCCUCUUCACAUGAAAAUCAGCGAUCUCACAGCCCCAGAAGAUAUCAUGGCUAUACCACGUUAGCCACUAGUGUGACGCUGCUGAAGGCCUCUGAAGUGGAAGAGAUCUUGGAUGGAAAUGAUGAGAAGUACAAGGCAGUGUCUAUCAGCACAGAACCUCCCACCUACCUCAGAGAACAGAAGGCGAAGAGGAACAACCAGUGGGUGCCAACCCUGCCCAACAGCUCUCACCACCUGGACGCAGUGCCGUGCUCCACCACCAUCAACAGGAACCGCAUGGGCAGGGAUAAGAAGAGAACAUUCCCACUGUGCUUUGAUGACCAUGACCCAGCAGUGAUCCAUGAGAAUGCAUCCCAGCCAGAGGUUCUGGUUCCAAUCAGGCUCGAUAUGGAAAUCGAUGGGCAGAAACUCCGAGAUGCAUUUACGUGGAACAUGAAUGAAAAGCUAAUGACCCCAGAAAUGUUCUCUGAGAUUCUUUGUGAUGACCUGGAUUUGAAUCCCCUGACCUUUGUCCCUGCUAUUGCCUCUGCCAUCCGACAGCAGAUCGAGUCCUACCCAACCGACAGCAUCCUGGAGGAUCAGUCAGACCAGCGAGUUAUUAUUAAGCUAAACAUUCAUGUAGGGAACAUCUCCCUUGUAGACCAGUUUGAGUGGGACAUGUCAGAGAAGGAGAAUUCACCAGAGAAGUUUGCCUUGAAGCUGUGCUCAGAGCUUGGCCUGGGUGGGGAGUUUGUCACUACCAUUGCCUACAGCAUCCGGGGACAGCUGAGUUGGCACCAGAAGACAUAUGCCUUCAGCGAGAACCCUUUGCCGACGGUGGAAAUCGCCAUCCGCAACACGGGGGAUGCUGACCAGUGGUGCCCCCUGCUGGAGACCCUCACAGAUGCCGAGAUGGAGAAGAAGAUCAGAGACCAGGACAGGAACACAAGGCGCAUGAGACGCUUGGCCAACACUGCUCCAGCCUGGUAAACCUCCUCUUUGUGACACUGGUGCUCUUCCUACAGACUUACCCCUACUCCUCUCCCCUCAUGGAUCUAGGAUUGGCAGGGGGUCUUUCUGUCCCUGAAGGGGGACACACAUUCCACUUGCCAAGGGUUCCCAGUCCUGCUGACUUCUUCCCCGAGCCCCUCCAGCCGACUGCCACGUAGCAAGCAGGCUGUUAGCACCUUGAGCUAGCUGAGACCUGUGGCAGCUGUUGGAGCCCUCCUUUACCUGUGUGUGGACAGUGUAAAGAUCCUUUUGUAUAGGUGCAGCCUGCACUCUUAGGACAACUUUUUAAAUAAAAAGGAAUGCAUACUACUUAGGUGGAGCUCAGGAAGUUUGGGUCAGUACUCCACCUCCCCCUGCUUUGUGCUCUCCUGGCAUCUCAGCUGCCCCAGGGGCUUUGGGGCAGAGUGCUGAAUGCUCAAGGUCCACUCAGAGUUCCAGGAGCAGGCUGGAAACUGAGUGCUUGCCUUCAGUGGCUCAAGCACCCCAAACCCUCUUGCUGCAGGGGAAAGUGGCAAGGAGACUGCCAACCAGAAGCAGCAGCUGCCUCCAGAGCUGAAGGGCUGGCCUGUUAGCAGGUGCAGGCUGCAGAGAGCCCAGGGGGGUGUUGCCAGCUUGCUUGGCAAGGGUAGAGCAGGUGAACUGAAGCCAUAAAGCAAACUUUUCUGGUAGGCUGGUGGGUGGUGAACCCCUUUUUCUGGGAAGAACACAGCUGCAAACAAACAAAGUCUCUGAACUCCUGCAACCAGCUGCAGCCUGCAGCCACUGUGACUGCAG